UAAAACAAAGACUUGUCCUCCCUUUCACUUCACUUCAUUCCAUUUGUUGGAGUUUCAACCCGUUGUUGCCUUCUCUCCCUCAAACUCAAAUCAAAUCUCCAUCUUCUUCUUCCUCAAUCCUCAUCAACCAACAACAAGGUAAAAGGAGGGAAAUCAAUCAUGGGGAGCAACAAGGCACCGAGUUGGUCUGAUCAAUGGGGAGCGGGUGCUUUUGGGAACGAGGAGCAUGUGGAAGAUGACAAGGCGAAGAAGAGCAUUAGUGGCGGAGGCAGCAGCAGCAAGAAGAUGGCAGCCGGGAUGGAAAAGGCCAAGGCAGCAGCAGCUGUGGGUGCUGACAAAGCUAAGACAGCUGCUGUGGUGGGUGCUCAGAAGGUGAAGAGUGGCACCUCUGCUGGGAUCAAAUGGAUGAAGACUCAGUACCAGAAAAGGACCUCUAAGUGAAGAACUUAUUCUCUGAUCCUUGUAUUUGUUUUGGUACAUACACAUUGAUUCAGUAAAGUUUGUUUCAUAGAGAUAAAGAUUGAUUAUGUUUUGGCUUCCAGUUUUGAGCAUUACAAACAAUCCAGAAUAGCUUAUACUUCUUGUUAUUUCUAUUAUUCAUUUGUUUAUAGAGAAAUGUGGAAUGUUAUGACUUUA